AUGGCCUCACCCUUCCCGCCAUCGUCCUCGUCUCCCGGCGAUGGCAGAAUCGUCGUCGAGCCUCUACCCGCAGGUGGCAGUGGUCUCCAGACAAUGAGUUACCAGUACCCGCUGAAGCUCAUAUCGCCAAACCCAUCAGGUGAGCACAAGAGCGUGCUCGUCUUCCUGCUGUCUUACGGGGGCGGCCUGGUCAGCGGCGACAGCGUCGACCUGUCCAUCACGGUCAAGGAGGGCUCCAAGCUGAGCCUCGUCACGCAGGGGCACACAAAAAUCUUCAAGGCGGCAUCGCCAGACACUAUUACGCGGCAGACAUUGCGGUUGCACGUGCAUAACGGAGCCGGGCUCUGUCUUCUACCAGACCCCGUCCAACCGUUCGAGAGCAGCGUCUACAUGCAGAAGCAGAUAUUCCGGGUGGCACCGAGCUCAUCAUUAGGUUUCCUAGACUGGGUGACACAGGGUCGGGUUGCCCGAGGCGAGGACUGGAGCUUCACCCACUGGAAUGGAUGCAACGAGGUGUGGUUGGACGAUGGCGACAGCAACACGAGGCCGCGACUGCUGGUGCGCGAUACGGUGGCCCUCUCCGGCCCGGAAAGCUUGCGUCUCAGCGGCAGGCGGCUCCGGGAUACUAUGGACAAGCUUGCCGUUUUUGGCACUCUCAUAUUGCGAGGGGACAUGGUCAAGCAGACGGCCGACUUCUUUCUCAGCGAAUUUGCCGCGCUGCCACGCGUCGGAGGACGAGACUUUCGCUCAGCUGAAGCUCAGGCCGCCGAUGAGAAGUCAGUUUCGGACCUCGAAAGCUGGCGAUCACGGCGACUCAAGAUGGAAAAAGACGAGGUCAUCCUGUGGUCGGCUGCGCACGUACGCGGUUGUGUGGUUGUCAAGUUUGGCGCGAGGACCGUGGAAGGCGGGCGCAAGUGGGUCGGUGCGAUGCUCGCCAUGGAUGGAGGUAUUGAGCGCCAAUUCGGAGAACAAGCACUCAUGUGCGUACGAUGA